AGUUUCAGCGAGUCGUUCGAUCGAACUUAUUCCAUACUCUAUUAGUAAUAGAAACGCAAUUCAACAAGUCAUCGACAUGUCCGGCGAAGGAGAAAAAACUUAUACGCGUGCCGAAGUUGCCAAACACAAUACCAACAAGGAUACAUGGCUGCUAAUUCACAAUACUGUUUACGAUGUCACAGCAUUCCUGAACGAGCAUCCCGGCGGUGAAGAGGUGCUGAUCGAGCAGGCGGGCAAAGAUGCCACCGAGAACUUUGAGGAUGUUGGCCACAGCAACGACGCGCGCGACAUGAUGAAGAAGUACAAAAUCGGCGAACUGGUUGCCCAUGAGCGCACGAAAGUUGCCCAGAAAUCGGAACCCACCUGGAGCACAGAUACACAGAACGAGGAGAGUUCGAUAAAGUCGUGGAUAGUGCCGCUGGUUCUCUGUCUGGUUGCUACGUUCUUUUACAAGUUCUUCUUUGGCAAUGCUAAGCAGCAAUAAAGUCAAUAAAUAAUUCCCACUCGCCUCAAUGCUGCACCACUGGACGCCUCCACACAGUGAGAGAGAGAAAGAGAGCGACACACAUGUAAAGAGUUGAUAUCCAGAUACCCUGCCUUUAUAUACUAAUACUGUUGUGUCUCAUACACUUGCCGGAGGCGUUUGGCUACGCGCUUGCCGUUGUCGCUGGCGGAAUUUGUAGAGAGAAUUUGUGCUAAGUU